AUGUCUCAACCAUGGAAAGCCGGUUUAUUUGGUUGCUUUGAGGAUAUACCAAUAUGUUUACUUGGUUGGUGUUGUGGUUGUUAUUUAUUUGGUCAAAAUGCUGAGCAAAUCGAUGGAUCAAACAAAUUUGCCAUGUGUUGUGGUUACGCAUGUUUAUCAGGUUGCUCUCUCUGUUGUCUCCUUCAUAAACCUCGACGAGAAGCUCUUCGUGCUGCCUACAAUCUCGAAGAAAACCCAAGUGACUUCUUGGCUACUUGCUGUUGUAGCGGUUGUGCCGUUUGUCAAGAAGCAAUUGAAUUGAAACAACGAGGAGUAUCACCAGGUUCACGCAUACCAGUUUCUUCUCAACCUCGUUAA